UUGGCUGCAUGUAUCCAUCUAUGGCUGAAUUCAGACUUGCUAUGAGACAGUAUGCCAUAGAAAAAGAGUUUGAGUUAGGCAUUGAGGCUAGUACCCCGAAGAAAUACAGAGGAUUUUGUCGAGGUGGUGAUUGUCCUUGGAGCAUACAUGCAAGAAUUGAGAGGGAUGGGUCACCUACCAUAAUUGUGACUGUGAUGAAUGAUCAUCACACUUGCACUUCUAGUGGCCGGAGGAGGACAAGCACACCAACCAGUGCUUGGGUUGCUGCUAAAGCUUUACCUAUCCUUGCGAAGAAACCACACACAGGUGCAAAGGAUUUACAAACUUUCCUUCAAGAUACGUACAAGUGCACCAUUUCUUAUGAUACAGUUUGGUAUGGAAAAGAGAAAGCCUUGAAGGAGUUGUUUGGGACUUGGGAAGAGAGUUUCCAACUUCUAUUCUCUUGGAAGGAGGCUGUAUUGCAGAGGUCACCUGAUAGUGUCAUUGAAAUUGAUGUACGUGUUGAGGAUGGCAGAGUUUAUUUUAGUAGGUUCUUCUGUGCACUUGGCCCUUGUAUCAGUGGUUUCUUACAUGGAUGCAGACCUUACUUGAGUGUUGAUUCGACAGCUUUGAAUGGUAGAUGGAAUGGUCACCUACCAUCUGCAACAGCCGUCGACGGCCACAACUGGAUGUUCCCUGUUGCAUAUGGAUUCUUUGAGUCCGAAACAGAGGACAACUGGCAUUGGUUCCUUCUACAGUUACGCAAGGCCAUCGGGGAUUUACCUAACCUAGCAUUGUGUUCUGAUGCUUGCAAAGGGCUAACAAAUGCAAUGAAGGAUGUUUUUCCAGAAGCUGAGAAAAGAGAGUGUUUUCGGCACCUAAUGAACAAUUAUGUCAAGCAAUAUGCUGGAUCAGAAUACAUGUACCCUGCUGCCAGGGCGUACAAGGCAGAAGUAUAUGACAUGUACAUUGCAAAUGUCAGAAGCAAUCCUGAUAUUGCUGCUUGGUUAGAUAGGUUCCAUUCCUUGUUGUGGUACCGAAGUGCAUUCAACCCUACUAUCAAAUGCGACUAUGUAACAAAUAACAUUGCUGAGGUGUUCAAUAACUGGAUAAAGGACUACAAGGACCUCCCUGUUUGUGACCUGGCUGACAAAAUUAGGAUAAUGAUCAUGCAACUAUUAUACAAGAGGAGGCGGAUAGGAAGGAGGUUGGAGGGAAAGAUUUUACCUUCUAUCAUAGCACAACUCAAUGCAAGAACUAGAGGACUUGGACACUUGGAGGUCAUAAAAGGCGAUGACUAUGUUGCAUAGGUGAGAGACAAUGGUGAUUGUUUUUCUAGAUAUGUGGUGAAGGCUCAUCUUAGAGAAUGUUCAUGUAAGGAAUGGCAACAUACAGGGAAGCCCUGCCACCAUGCAUUAUGUCU